CCGCAACUGCACGUCGAGCAUUCAGUAGACUCGGCCAUUUCUCUCGUGGAACGUAGCGACUAGCUCGGCCGCGCGACGUUUUUUUUUUGCGAUUGCACCGUGCGGGAACUCCCGGAAGUUUUGCAAAAUAACGCGACGCAAAAGGAUGAUACACUCCGGGCGCACCAGGCUCGAGAAAAAAGUAAGUCUCCAACAAUUAGUGGGAGGAGUGGGAGGAGGGAGCCAAGUACUGGCGAUCGAGGAAUCGGAAAAAGGAGGCAGCGGUACCGGUGGACAAUGGUGGAAGCAGCAGCAUCCAUCCUAUCAUCACCAUUAUCACCAUCAUCAUCAUCAACAACAUUAUCAUCAUCAGGGCGGUUAUUACACGUCGCAAUCGCAUACUCACAACAACCCUGUCACUACCAUGAAGCAAUCCUAUAUGCAGCUAACAUGGGUAUUUCACGAUGACGAGGCGCAGAUCAACAAGAAACUGCCAAAAGAAUUGCUACUCAGAAUUUUUUCAUACCUCGAUGUCGUAUCACUAUGCCGUUGUGCCCAAGUGAGCAAGGCGGACGUGUUAGCGCUCGAUGGGUCCAAUUGGCAGAGGAUCGAUCUCUUCGACUUUCAACGAGAUGUGGAGGGACCAGUGAUAGAAAAUAUCUCGAGGCGUUGUGGCGGAUUUCUCAGGCAGCUCUCGCUCAAGGGAUGCCAGAGUAUCGGCAACAACUCGAUGCGCACCCUAGCCCAAUCGUGUCCUAAUAUCGAGGAGCUCAAUCUGAGCCAGUGCAAGAGGAUCUCGGACGCGACCUGCGCGCCCUCAGCAGCACUGCCCAAGCUGCAGCGACUGAAUCUGGACUCGUGUCCCGAGAUAACGGACAUGUCCCUGAAGGAUCUCGCGGCCGGUUGCCCGCUACUCACUCACAUCAACCUCUCGUGGUGUGAGUUGCUCACCGACAACGGGUUGACGCGCUCCCAAGGCUGCCCGGAGCUCCGGAGCUUUCUGAGCAAGGGAUGCCGCCAGCUGACGGACAAGGCCGUGAUGUGCUUAGCGCGCUACUGUCCUAAUCUCGAAGCCAUCAAUCCCGAAUGCAGGAAUAUAACGGACGACGGAGUUAGAGAACUUAGCGAACGGUGUCCACGGCUGCAUUACGUUUGCCUGUCGAAUUGCCCCAAUUUAACGGACGCGACGUUGAUUAGCCUGGCACAACACUGUCCACUCCUCAGUGUACUCGAGUGCGUCGCGUGCACCCAUUUCACGGAUACGGGCUUUCAGGCCCUCGCGAGAAACUGCAAACUACUCGAGAAGAUGGAUCUGGAAGAGUGCCUUUUAAUCACCGACGCCACCCUCACUCACCUGGCGAUGGGUUGCCCGAGGUUGGAGAAACUAAGUCUGUCACACUGCGAGCAGAACGACGAAGGCCUCCGACAAAUCGCGCUGUCGCCUUGCGCGGCGGAACACCUAGCCGUCUUGGAGCUGGACAACUGCCCGAACAUCACGGACAACGGUCUGAACCAUCUGAUGCAGGCCUGCCACAAUCUUGAGCGUAUCGAACUUUACGACUGCCUACACAUUACCAGAGAGGGCAUACGUAAACUCAGAGCCCACCUACCGAACUUAAAGGUGCACGCGUAUUUCGCACCGCCGACACCGCCACCCAGUGCGGGAGCCUCGCGACAACGAUACUGUCGGUGCUGCGUCAUUCUGUGAUUUUGCCUUCAACUCCUAACUCCGAAGUAAAAAAGAAUCGUCCGAUAUUAGACCCACGGGAUCACAGUGGAUUUUUAUCGGUGGUCGCUGGCUACGGCGAUUGUGGGGACCUCUCUCUCGUGGUUACCGGAGGAGCGGCUCUGGUUGCUCAUCGCGCACUGAUAAGUGAGAAACGGGACUCGUUGUCAAUUGCAAAUCGUUAGAAAUCGAUUCAAGCUCCAUACACACAACGAGUGAAGUACGUCACCAUCAUCAACACAUAGCCACUGAUGCUACUACUGCAAUUACCGCUACGACCGCUGCUGCUGCUGCUGCUGUUGCUGCUGCUGCUGUUGCUACCAUUACUACCAUUACUACAACUACUAUUAUUGCUGCUACUACUACCGCUGUUAUUACUACUACACUUACUAUUAUUUCUAUUUGUACUCCGUUAUCACGGACGUGCAUCGCUGCUAUCUCGGUUAUAUUACGCGCGGGAAGUUAGUCUGCAAAGGAAAGAAAUUCUCAGGUUUCCUUAGCGACGUUCCAUCGUCUCUAUGAUCCUCAUUUAGCAUGAUGCUUGUCCGCGGCAAGGAACGACGCGCUUUCUCAGUCCACUCUCGCGCUACACUGAGCGACGUCUUUAAAAGCGAGCGGCUUAUUUUGAUUAACGUUUCUCUUAGCGUUAGCGCGAGCAAGUUCAACGAUUUACGUUGCUCGAUAAACAUGAGAUACUUAUUUUAAGUUACACGUCUUAUAAAUGUCUUAUAAAUAUCUUAAUGGACACCCGCGUGCAUACCGAUGGCGGCGAGGAAGAAGACGGUAGUUUUUAAGGGCAACGGGAGUCGAGCGUAAGUGCGCGCAAUCGUAUCCACGAAUCGAAUUUUGCACAUUCUUCGGUGUGCAACCGUAGCAGUUUCUCAACGAACACUGCCUAUAAUGCUAUUGAUAAAACGAGCAAAACGGAGAAGCAAAAGUAAAAAAAAAGGAACAAAUACGGUAUAGGAACCGCGAAUCGAAUCUCGUCGUAUAAUGAUACAUUUAGGAUAUUAUUAUCGUUUAUCGUAUAACAUAGACAUGUACGUACCGACGAAAUACGUUCGGUGGAAAUGUUUCUUCUCGGUGUCUGUUUAAAAAGUAUUAACGGAUCGCGCAUACGUAAUUAUCAAGCGAAUACCUACGAAUUUCUUUCCUUCCGUAAAAAAAAGAAAAAAAACCAAAAAAGGAAAAAGAGAAAAAAAAGGAGAAAAACGCAUGACGCGACGUUUCUCGCGUUAAAAAAAGGGCGCACAAUUCAACUUUAACGAUGGAAAUUUCGACAUAUUGUGAUUGUGUGGACACUCGAGACACAAAGGAAAAGCGAAAGAGCAAGAGAGAGAGAGAGAGAGAGAGAGGGAGGCAAGAGAAAAAGAGAGAGAGAAUUGCUCGAGUAUUGUCUUUCAAGACUCGUACGACUACCGUUACUAGCGCAGUUUAGCGGUAGCACGCGAGCGACGCAUUUUACAUCGAUUCGCGGGCAGACGGUAUAUUUCCGCCCGUGAAUCGUACUUUCGAGUCCCGUGUAAACGUAACUCCUCCUCGACAGCCCGAUCAUCUAUUCUUUUAUGUUUCUGUUUUAUUAUUAUUACUAUUAUUAUUAUUUCGUUUUUUUGUAACUCGUCAUGGACUAGGAGAGCACAGACUGACAAACGAAUCAAACCGUUAAUGUGUUAAACCGAUUAACUUCGUGCCGGCGGCGAAACAACGCCGGUAUUUUUACUUUUUAAGCCUAGGUUAAAAGAAAAAAGAAAAAAAACGGAAUGGCGGCAGUAUCAUAAAGGCACGGACGUAUCGUGAGAAGCGGUAAAUUGGCGAUUCCCGCGCGCGAUCAUCGUCAACGCGAUCAUCCCUGGAUGCUCCGUGACUGCAGUGACGAUGUGCCCGGUGGUGAAGAACAAAUAAGCAACUAAAUGUAGAAAAAAAGACGUUUAAUCCUUUGGUCCAUUGCAUGUGUAAAGUCCGAUCGUGAGAUCGGCAACGUCUUUCAAUUGGAAGAUCACGGUAUUGCUCGACGACGCAACCAAUUUCUGCGGGAUCUUCGCAGGCGCUAAAGAGAGAGAGAGAGAGAGAGGAGAAAGAGGGACGAGCAGUUUAUUACAAGACGCGGAAUAUCGAACACGGGAAUUCCUGAGGCCAGGAAUAGACCGCGAGAGGAGAGGAACGAACUGCCCCUCGUACUUGUGGAUUGCGAUUUUCCGAUUUAAUUGUACACGAGGAAAUUCCACAGCGCAACUUUCCUCGAAGGUUCUCACACGACGGAACGGAUUUGGGUUUCGAAUCGACAAAGCUUAUUUUGAAUACAAAAGACACUCUACGCGCAUUGGCUAUAUUUUUAGAAGCGUACUCUUGCCAGAUUUUUACUGAAGCAGCCGAGGACGCAUUUCGGGCGUGUUAAUGGCCGGUCGGAGACCAAAAACGCGGAAUUAUAAACGGUCCAGAUUUCGAAGUGCAAUAUCCGUCAGACGCGGGACGCGCCUCGUUUUCCUUCCUCUGUUUUUGAUUCGUGAAUCGCGAAUACGUGAAUACCCGGCGGCGCGACGACACGCCGUGUCGUCGCGCGAGAACAACGGGAUAAUUGAAGAAAGGAGAAACACGAAGUACCGAUUGUUAAUCCUUUGGUAGCGUGUAAGAGACGUACCGCGUAUAUAUAUUGAGUAUAUAGCGUGUAACACACAGAAAUAACGGAUGCGGCAACCUAGAUAUAUAAAUAUAAAUAUAAAUAUAAAUAUAUAUAUAUGUAUAUAUAUAUAUCUAUAUAUAUAUAUGUACAUAUAUAUAUAUGUAUAUAUAUAUACAACAUUAAAUAAAUAUAUAGAUAAGAUAUGUUUUAUACGCUGCAUGUCAUCCCUAGAGGAGUAACGUGAUCAUUGUAAACGUGUCGUUCGAAGUCAGGUUAAUAAUUAUAAGUGAUAAUGUAUGAUUACGCGCGCAUGACGUAACCGCGAUGAUGCAGGACACACAAUUACACACACCACAUGCUAUCCGCACUCAUGCAAGGCUUUCCGACCUCUCGCGAAUCUCGUUGCGAGCAUUUGCGUUUUCCGUUUCCUCCGAGCACCUCCGGGGCAGGGAUUGUUUCUCGCGUCGCGUUGGGACCCGAUCGUGAUUUUCUCUUCGCCGUGCGGAAUGGGAGAGAAAACGGAGGGACUUUCACGUCGCGCAAAUCUCUCGGCCGAUGCCCAAAGAUCGAGAGACUUGCGCGAUGCGCGAUGCCGGCCCGCAACGAGAAGGGCCGCGAAAGUUCUCCGACAGUUUCGCGAUCGAUAUGCCAACGGAUUGAGUCCAAGCGCUGCCCGAUACACGAGCUAAACUCAAAAUACAAAGUCAAUCGCAGUGCCUGAAAUGUUACAAAACUACUCUCUGUAUCUGAAAUUGUUAUUGACCGACGUUGAGACCGCUCGCCGCGCGCGACAGAUUGUAACGCUCGUAGAAUGUUGUUUGGCUGAACCAAAGUUUAGCUCGGCGUAUCUGGGCGUCGGCGGACAGCGGAUUGUACACGCGUAAUGAUACUGACCGGAGGAGAUCCGCAGAGACUCUAGUAUCAAUUGUCGUUAAUCGCCCCGUCACUUGGAAGUCAUUACUGUUAUCGUUGAUUUUACAUUGCGUUAUCCUGUGAACGAAGCGCAGUUUGAUGACCGCGAGACGUAAGAGCCUGUCGGGAACCCCUUUGAUCUGGGCGUGCGGAAUUUUCAGAAAUUUAAAAUUUCUGCGAGUUAGGGAGAAAGAGAAAGAGAGAGGGGAACAGAUGAAAAGCGACAAAGUAAACCCAUCACACUUUCGAAGAUCGCCACUUACAGUUUAAUCAAUUGUAAUAAUCCGCAGUUGUCACCGUUGAAUCGUGUUGUAACGAUAAUUAAGGAGAUAAGAGAUCGAAGCAUUGAUGCCGUGUGAUCGAGCAAGUGUUUGGCUGUGUAAGGAAAGGCUGAGUAGGUCGGAAUAGGAAGGCUGUGAAUACGAAGAGAGAGAAAGAAAGAGAGAGAGAGAGAGAGAGAAAGAAAGAGAGAGAGAGAAAACGCGAGCGAGAGAGGAAAGAGUGAAAGGGCGAGAGGGUGCGUGUGAGAGAGAUAGAGAGAGAGAAAGAGAGAGAGAGAAAAAUACAUAUAUAAAGAUUCAGAUAUUAAUUCGAAGUCAGCGAAAGUAUCCUGGCAACCACCGCUGCGUGUAUCGACGGAUUGUCACGGUCCGUCUCGUAAUGCUCGCGACAAACCGUCGACGAUUCGUCGAGUCGGAAACGGAUCGGAAUCGACCGUUAUCAAUCAGCCGUUUUAAGAUAUAACGGAAACUCCAGAAACGUUUCAUGUGCAACAUCCAUGGUCUACACGUGUCGGCCUACACGUGCCUCCCGACAACCUCGACAACCUCGGCUAUCGAGAGGACGUCGAAAAGAAAAAAAAAAAAGAAAGAACAGAUUCGCGUACGAUUACUGUAGCUAAUUAUAUUGACACUUCGCUGCUUCGAGAAGCUGCAGUCUACCAUGUAUAUAUUUUCAUUAAUGUAUGUAUAAUAAAAUAUAUUCGAGACAAA